AUGGCGAAAAUUCAGCUGUUCAAAAAACAGAAACACCACGCAUGCAAGCUGAUCCGUUCAAGCGAGUCAGAUCUCAAACUUUUGGACGGCCCAUUCACAUUCUCAACUGAAAAGGAGGACUGUGAGGUGUACAUAAUAGAAAAAACUGCACAGCUGAAUCACUUGACAACAACAAUCAAAAAGGCAAAACAACUUCACGAUAUCCAUUUCGACAAAGCGAUCGAAACAAUCAGUUCACGAUCGGAACAGAAGGAUAGAGAAAAGCUGAUGCUCGAGCUAAACAACCACAUGGAGCUCGAGUCAAAUGGCCUUGAAAUCGCAAUAAUACAAUGGCUAAGCAAAAUCGAGUUCAGAAAGGAAGAAGAGGUGCAGCAAGCCUCGUUCAUAGCUGAAGCCGCCAGCAUUGCCAACCAGGCUGGUAGCAAAAAACACAAUUCCCACAGCGGAGGGGUUGUAUGA